GUUUACGAAACAAAGUUUAUAAAAUUAAUUCACUUUUUUUGCGGUCUGCCUUCCAUCCUGACAUAUGGGCAGGCGGACAAGAACCGCACCAGCCAGCGCGCAGGGCUCAUAUCGCGCCUUCGCCUGGACGCCUGCAGAAAGCGACGGGAGGUUUCAGAUCAGAAUUUGUGAGUAAAUGCGACAGCAGCAUCCCAAAGUAUUCUUGUGCUGAGAUUGUGACAAUGGACAUAAUACAAGGAGACUGUGUCAGUCCUGCAGUACCAGGACAUACAGAGAGGAGCAAGACUGGAGAAGAAGACCCAGGACUAACUGUGGUUGGAAAAGCACAUGAGUUCUUUCAGAUUUGUGAUCUGGAAGGCAAAGGCUUCAUCACUCGUCAAGACAUGCAGAGACUGCAUCCUCAGUUACCUCUUAGCCUGGAAGAGCUUGAAAAAGUUUUUGUUACAUUGGAUGCUGAUGGCAAUGGCUCACUUACCCCAAAGGAGUUCACCACAGGAUUCAGCCAGUUUCUCUUGGGGCAGAUUGCUUUGGAUAAUGAGGUGAUGCAGCAAUCAGAAGGUGAAACAGCCUGCUCACUUAAAUGCAAAGAGACUGUGAGUGAUGACGAGGAUGAAGAAUUCCAGUUCUCAAAUUUAAUGGAUCGCCUUGGAGCUAAAAAGAUUUUGGAUGAUGAGAGUGAUGUGAAGCAGCUUUGGUUGCAGCUGAGAAAAAAUGAACCUCAUUUGCUUUCUGAUUUUGAAGAGCUCCUGGUCAGAAUUUUUUCCCAGCUCCAAGAAGCAGAUAAUGAAAAAAAUGAGAUGGAAUGUACUCUAAAAAAGAAAAUUGCUGCUUAUGAUGAAGAAAUUCAACUUCUCUAUGAGGAAAUGGAACAGCAAAUCAAAAAGGAGAAAGAGCAGUUUCUCUUGAAAAACGUAGGGAGGUUUCAGUCCUACAGUCAAGAGCUGGAGUGCAAGCUUCUGUCAAAAGAACAAGAACUGGAGCAAUUGGUUCAAAAACAGGAACGGUUAGAGCAGCAGUGUACAGAACUUCUCAGUGGCAAAGAAAAAAACAAAGUAGAGAACACCAAGCUGAAGCUGACUAACCAGGAGCUGCUGCGAGACCUGGAGAGAACGUCUCACGAACUAAGCUUGGCUCAACAACAGUUACAGGUGCUUCAGGAAGAGGCAUCAAGGCUCCAUGAGGAGAAGGAAAUGGAGGUGUAUCGAGUGACAGAAGCCUUACAGAGAGAGAAGUCUGGACUUCUGAAGCAGCUGGAUUUUUUAAGGGAGAGGAACAAACAUCUCAAAGAUGAACGUGACAUAUUUUUACAGAAAUGCAAAACAAGUGUUACGAAAUCCAUCUGGAAGCAAAGAUCAGGGUCUGUCAUUGGGAAAUACAUAGAGGACAAGAUGCUGCCUAACAGCCAUUCAUUUGAAGAAGAUGAUGUGUUCAAUAACUCAAAGAGAAGGAAUUCUGCUGGACCAAAUGAAAUUCUCUUGGUAGAGCCUGAUGCUAGAACCGCUGAAGGAAUGUCUAAAGCAUUGCAUCUCCAAAGAAUAAUAUCAGUUGAGGAAGAUCACUUACCCCAGCUUCUUGACAGGCUGGUUGAUAAGCAGCUGAACAGAUGGACUGGAGAAGAUGAGAAUACUUCUCAGAUGGAAAUGGAUAAGAAAAACACAGAACAAUCAAUGGAAUACUCACCAUCAUCUUCUAGAGAGCAGCCUAUAGGGAAGGAAACACUGUCAAAUUUAGCCUUCAAAACAAGACAAAAUGGAAAGGCAGCAGGAUUUGUAGAACAGUUGGAGGCUAAUGUUUGCUCUCACUUAAAGGAGAAAAGAGUAAACUCUGUUCCAGACCGCUUAUUCAAGAUUAUUUUUGUGGGCAAUUCAAGUGUUGGAAAGACUUCAUUUUUAAGACGAUUUUGUGAAGAUCGUUUUUUCCCAGGCACAGCUGCUACUGUAGGUGUGGAUUACAAUGUGAAAACCAUCACAGUAGAUAGUACCCAGGUAGCCCUGCAACUAUGGGACACAGCUGGCCAGGAACGGUACCGAAGUAUUACCAAGCAAUUUUUCAGAAAAGCAGAUGGUGUCAUUGUGAUGUAUGAUAUAACAGCAAAAGACACGUUCACAGCUGUUAAGCAGUGGCUGAUAAGCAUUGAGGAGACAAAUGGGGAAAAUGUACCUGUGCUCUUGUUGGGUAAUAAAACUGAUAAUGAAAAGGAACGUGAGGUCCCUAUGGGAAUGGGAGAACAUCUUGCUAAGGAUUACAAUUUAAUUUUCUAUGAAUGCAGUGCAUAUUCUGGGUACAAUACCAAGAAAUCUGUGCUUCACUUAGCUAGGAUUUUAAAGGAACACGAAGAUAAAGUGAAAGAGAAAACCAUUGAACUUCAAUCUGAUAUGAAUAAAAAGUCUUGCUGUAUCAGGCCAUAACAUACUGGGGCAUGUUUAGACAGAUCAUACAUUUAUACAACACUACAUGGCACCAUCAGAUUUGCUUGAUCUUCCAAAUAUUCUGCUGUGUUCUGAGUGUAGGUGUAAGUGAAUCUUAAAAUCCUCUGAUCUUCACUUUUACAAAUAUUGUCUUCAGUUAGUUGACAAUGUACUUGAGACAGUAAGAGUCUUUUAUUCUGUUUGACAUCUAACACCACUGAAUCCUACUUUGUGAUCAGGAUUGUAGAAGUAGCCACAUUGUUAAUAAUAAGAAAUAAUUUUCUAGGAAGAAAGAUACUUGGAAUGUGAAGUAAAAUCUUACUGGUGAUGACCUGUCUUCUGAAUAGUCCUGUUUAUUUCAGUGCUCUUUAGAUCCUGAUUUUGGCUGACUUUUGUUACAGGUUUUAAAAAUUGAAAUAGGUUGGUUGUUUAAAAGCAACAUAUCAACAAUUGCAAAGUAUAAGGUGAUAUUUUAAAGCCUAGUGAAAAAUAUACAUGGACAAAGGAUUUCAAGAACUAUGAAGAUUUUAAUAAGUGGUACUAACUUAUUUAUACUAUGCGUUGUUGCGUAUAGGUCUCUGAUAAGAAACCCUGCCUUCCACUUGCAUGUAAUGAAUUAGGUAUGUUUAGAUAGGUCACUGAGAUACCAUACAGGCUUGCCUGAGCUGUUGCUGAAUAAGCUGGCAUGUUUCUAUGGUGACUUGGUGCUAUGCAAAGAUCUAACUUAGUUUCCAGAAACAGAAAAGUCAUGGUAGUGCAGUGCUUUACCCUGGCUAGUUAGCAUUGUACUCAGAGCAAAUCAGCCAGUGUUCUUCACCAUAUUUUACAUGGCUGAAUCGCCUUGUGUUGCAGAGCUUGCUCUGAACCUGUAUUUGGCUAUGGUGUCCUAUAGAAGUCUCAAAGCAAACUGUGGCAAACUUAAAUAUUCAAAUAACUUCACUGUCAGGACUGCUGGUUGAAAAUGCAUACCUAUAUAGGACACUCAUUUCACUGGUGUAGCUGGUUGUAGGACAAAGCAUAUUAUGGCUGACUGAACAGCUCUUUGUGUUUAGUGGUCUGUCACAGAAGGCUUCAUGUCAGGUGCUGAAGGCAGUAUUUUCAGAAAUAGUCAAUCUUCUUUUGAGGAAGGUUUUUAGAAACUCUCUAGAAUUUAAGGAGUGAAAAAUCUCACCUAAGUCCAGUGAGAUAUUUCUCUCUUUAGCAAUAUUAAGAAAAAAUUUAUCCUCACGUACCUAAAUAUGUGACUGAUUUUUCAAAAGCAUCUGCCAUACAGUAUUUACCUUUGGAUUAACCAUGGCAUGAUAGCACUGAGAUAUAGUGUUUGAAAAAUCAAACCCAUAGGGACAUGUUUUAGAAAAUCAUGGCCCACCAUGGCUCUUAAGAAGCCCAAGUGUUCAUGAUUACUUUUGGAAGCCUUGGUAGAAUAUAAAUGGAAAUAAACUUCAGAGUGGGUCAGCCAGGCAGCACAUUAUCAACAAUUAUUCCUGUUGUUCUUUGCCUUCACUACAUCCAGCUAUAGUGGUAAGCAUUCAAGAACGAUUACUGGUGAUGAGCUUGUUGGGAAAGUGGAACACGUGGCAUAAUUUAUUUCAUUAUAAAUCAAGCAAAAGUGUAGAUUUUAUUAUGUGAUACUAUUACAGACUGUAUGUUUUCAAUCCAUUUUCUAAACAUUUAAGAAAGUUAUUUUGCAUUUGAAUAAUGAAACAAUUUGAAGAUGAAGGUUAAGCAGUAGCUCAAUAAAUAACUGUUUUGGGAUAAAAACUUCAUCAGUAAUUAAUUGUGCUCUUCGGAUUUUGGUCUUAUCAACUUUGUCCUAUAACAAUUCAUGUAUCCAUACCAGCACUCAGAUGCCCUUUCUUAUGAGUUGGGAUCCAAAUAUGAGCCCUUUCCCUGUCAAGCAGAAUAACCAGGAUUUUUGAUCAAUCAGAAAUGAUGGAUGGACCAAGUACCCAGGAUGAGCUGAUGCUUAGCGGGUUUUUCCUUGUCGAUUCCUGGGAGUCUGCUUGUCCAAAAUCAAAAAACGUUUCCUUGCUUCCAAUGAGGUGCUUAAGAACACCUAAACCCCCAAAUGAACAGAAUGAGUAUCCAUUAACGAAAAUCAGUAGGCUUUCUGUUCACUUUCCAGGAUUGCUUCUUGAAGUCCAUUACUGGUUGUGGAAGGAUGUAUCACCUUAUCAACUGUUACAUGUUAUCCACCACGGAAAUCUUCACAGAACUGAAUCACCUAUGUUUAGUUCUGGCUGUAGUUGAACUAACGAAAACCCUUAAUUUAAACCUCAACAAAAUUAAUUGUUCAUCUCAAUUUCAAUUAGGGAAGAAGUAUCAUCAGUUUAAAUAUUAGCUUUGCUAACUAACAACUUUGAAUUAUCUGUUCCCCAGCAGUAGGGUGUUUCCUACCCCAUCAAUAUCAGAACUGGCAAUAUUUCUACCAACCCCUGUCAGCCUCAGGAAGACAGUUUGAAGGCUGAAUUUCAGCUUUACUACCACAAAAGUUCAAAUUCAGAUCCUCAGUUUUUCACUUCCUGAAGUUCAUCUUGAUUUUGAAGGAAAGUGACAUGUGAGGUGGAUCUUCUUUAUGUGAAUUCUACAGCAGCAUUUUUAUUUUGUUAUCUUUUGGUAGGCACUGAGACCCUGAUAGCAGGAUAUAAAAAACUUGAAGGCAGACAAUACCUUACAGACAGUCAUCCUGAACUACUGGAAUGAUCUUUACCAAAAUAGAAUGAGAAAUCAGAACGUUUUUGCACAAGAAAAUUUAUUUACAAUGUGUUAGCCAAACUGCCUGAAAGAUUAAGUAAACCCAUUGUAAGAUAACUUUGAGUGUGUGGACAGCUGCCAUAAGCCAAUUAAAACAGAAACCAAAUGCAUGUACAACAGAUACUAACUAUAAAUGUAAGUGCCUUGCCAAAAUAAAGGGUCUCUUGGUUCACCUGCA